AUGAAAUUUAAAAUUCAAAGAUCAGUUUCGUACAGUGUGAAUAUGGAAAACGAAAAAACGCAUAGACAAAAGUUCACAGCAGAAGAAGAUGAGAGACUAACACUUCUUGUUAAAGAGUUCGGAACAGGUUCUUGGAAAAAAAUUGCGCAAUUAAUGAAAACCCGAUCAACAAGGCAAUGUAGAGAAAGAUACUUGAAUUACCUAAGUCCUGAAUUAAAAAAUGGGCCGUGGUCAUCACAAGAAGAUCAAUAUUUGCUCAAGCUUGUUAAAGAAAUGGGCCCGUGUUGGUCAAAAAUAACGAAAUUUUUCCCUACUCGUUCUGACGUGAAUGUUAAAAAUAGGUAUUCUUUUCAUGUUUCAAAGGGAAGAGCUCCAUCGUUAAAAAAGCUCAAACCGAAAAUUGAAAAAAUUAAAAAAGAAAGGGAAAAUAAAACUUGUUUGGAUCAGUCCAAUGUUCAGUUCCUAGCUAAUAUGUAUGAAGACACCACAGCGGCAUGGACAGAAAAAUUCUUUUCUUCGGAUAUAUUCAAUAUUGACUGGCAGCUUGAAGGCUAUGAACUUUAA